AUGGUCUGGCAGUACGUGACCCCGAUCUUCGGAUCACUGUUGGCCCCCCUCCUCGUCGUGCUAUAUUUCGCCGAGCCCGCCGACGAUGCCUUUGCCGCCGAAGUGAUUCUCGGAGAUAGGCGCGAUGACGAUGGCUGGCUGCCACCGGCGUUCGUUGGCUUCACCGGAGCAACGAACGCGCCGCAGGACACGUUGGCGGCCAUCCAGAAAGCGAAUAGGACGGGCGCCUCGGGAAUCAAGCUCUACUUGGCCAUCGUGGCCAAGGGCAUCGGGGUGCUCUUCCACGACAGGAACCAGCUGGAAAGAGCCGCGAAACGCCAGGGUAUGCUGGAGGCUGCGAAAGACCCGAACCGAGUCCCAGCGGACGAUGCCGGCAAGGAAUCGUCUGCUGCACGCUUCCAGGGCGAACACGUGCCGACGCUGGAAGAAGGCAUCGAUGAGUGCCUGCGUCUCGGCCUUCGGGUAAUCGUGGACGUCCAGGAGCACGAUAUCCAAUCCGUGAUCCACCUCAUCGAACUUUUUCACGGGCGGCCCGAAAUAUAUAGACGAGUUCUGGUCGCCUCUCCCAGCCCGAUGUUUCUUGCUCGCCUGCGUGGUGGUCGCAAUGCGACCAUCGUGUAG